AUGCAAAAGAGUGCUAAAAUUGUCAUUUGUCUUAUUUCUCCCCAAGUCCUAAGAAAUGCACCAACUUUUAAGCCCAUUAAAAACGCACAAAUUCAUUUUGGGACAAAGGUGAAAUUGUACGGUCACCCUUUAUAUAGAGGAAUUUCUCCUAGGGUUUCAACAUCUAAUAACGAGCUCCAUUGUGCAUCGAGAUUUCUCACAGCCGUCACUUCAUUCAUUCUCAGAAUGGAUUCACAAAUCAAGCAUGCCAUUGUCGUGAAGAUCAUGGGCAGGACUGGUUCUCGAGGUCAAGUCACCCAAGUGAGAGUGAAAUUUAUUGAUGACCAGAAUCGGUUCAUCAUGAGAAAUGUCAAGGGACCUGUCAGGGAGGGUGAUGUACUGACCCUGCUUGAAUCUGAGAGAGAGGCAAGGAGGCUUCGCUGA